AUGAAGUCCGUUUCGAUAAAGCAGCUAGAAGCUAUACUCAUUUUAGAUACGGAUGGAAACAGAAUUGCAGUCAAAUAUUACAAUGACAAAUUGACUCCCAAAGGAGAUGAUAAACUGAAUAAUACAGGUUGUAGUAAAGAGUCGUUAAACUAUCCAUAUGAUGGUACAUUAUAUAAUAAUUUAAAAACAUCAGAACAACAAAAAUUAUUUGAAAGUGAUAUUACUGAUAAAGCUAAAAAGUUAGGGUGUAAUUCUAACGAAACAGAAAUUUUAGUAAUAAAUAAAUAUAUUAUUUUAUACUUAUCCAUAAAUGAUGUUAGUAUUUAUAUAGUUGGAGAUGAAAAUGAUAAUGAAAUAAUACUAAAUGAAAUAAUACAAACAGUUGAGCAGUCCCUAAACAAUAUUACAAAUAACCAAAUAGGUAAAAAACAGUUGAUCGAUAAACUCGAUUCAGUUUAUUUAAUUUUAGAUGAAAUAGCUGAUAGUGGUAUUAUUAUGGAAACAAAUUCGGAUGUUAUUAUUAAUAGAUUGUACAUGCAUGAAGGGGAUUUACAAGAACACACCCCUCUCAAUCAGGCCAUAUCAUCAGCCAAGGAAAACAUAAUAAGGAGUUUACUUAGCGGAACGUAG